AUGAUACAAAUACGUACUUUAUUUGAUAAAUACAAUAAUUACAUAAUUGUUCUUAAACCGAAUUAUGAUUUUUUAACAUGGAAGUUGCCAGACUCAAUUUCUUCGAAAGAAAAUCCCUAUUUAUCUUUUAGAAAGAAUUUUUUCAAAUCAGCAAAGGCUAUUCAAAAACAAAAAUCAAUCGAUAUCAGUCGUAUGGAUAGAGAUAUUACUGAAGCUUGGAAAAAUGCGGAUGAACAAGUUCGUAUAGAAUAUGAAAAGCUUUACUAUCUCAAUAAAGUCCCUGAUCCGAGUACUUCAAAAUUAUGGAAUAUAAAUGAUACAUAUGCCUUGCUCCAUUAUCUUAACACUCGAAGUACUACUUAUAUUGCGAUAGAGAAUUUUCUUUCCUAUAAUGGUAACUAUAAUAACAAGCUUUCUCAACCAGGUUUACUCUUCAAAAGAAAAAGAAGAAAAAGAAGUAUAAAGAUCAACGUACAAAAUCUAGCUGCUAUUAACAGAGUACCAUUACCACCAAAAGUACUUCGAUUAUUUAUUUUUAUGAAGUCCGACAAACUCAUGACUCUCUUCAAAUUUCAGUUCACACUUUUUAUUUGCUUAUUUGUGGAGAUGGAAAUUUUAGAUUUUUAA